CUGACCUACUCAGAGAAGCACUGCUUGGAUCUGUCUCCUUGGAAGGGGAAGUCACAGUCUCAUCCCAGGCCUUAUUGUCCUGCCUCUGCUGCAUACACACCUCACGUGCAUUUGGGUUCCUCCCCCAGGCUAGAAAAUGGGGAGGGGAGAUGCAGAGGAGGGCCAGAUGCCUGAAAGAGUAAAUCCCCCAGAUGGCGGCUGGGGCUGGGUUGUGCUGCUGGGUUGCUUUGUCAUCACUGGCUUUUCCUAUGCCUUCCCAAAAGCUGUGAGUAUCUAUUUCAAGGAACUGAUGUAUGACUUCCAUGUGGGCUACAGUGAUACAGCCUGGAUCUCAUCGAUCAUGCUGGCUAUGCUGUAUGGAACAGGACCUGUGAGCAGUAUUAUGGUGAACCAGUUUGGGUGCCGGCCUGUGAUGCUUGUUGGGGGUCUCCUGGCUUCCUCUGGAAUGAUUCUUGCCUCCUUCACCACCAACAUUAUUGAGCUGUACCUGACAGCUGGUGUGCUGACAGGUUUAGGUAUGGCUCUGAACUUCCAGCCUUCUCUGAUCAUGUUAGGCUCCUACUUUGACAAGCGUAGACCUCUGGCGAAUGGGCUCGCUGCAGCUGGAAGCCCGGUCUUCCUUUCCGCCCUCUCUCCACUGGGCCAAGUCUUGCUAGAGAAGUUUGGCUGGCGAGGGGGAUUCCUGAUCAUGGGAGGCCUCCUACUCAACUGCUGCACCUGUGGAGCCAUCAUGAGACCUCUCACCAUGAAGAAGACGACGACGGAGAAAGCACAGGACAAAUAUGAAGCCAAAGAAAUGCUGCCAAUGGGAGGACAGGCAGAAGAGGUGAUCAGCACCACGGACAGCACCAAGAAGUCAAAAAAAGCCAAGAAGAAAAAAAAGCCCAAGAAAGGGAGAAAGCUAUUAGAUUUUUCUAUCUUCAGAAACCGAGGCUUUGUCAUUUACGCCAUUGCCAAGUUCAUCAUGGUCUUGGGCCUCUUUGUGCCCACCAUACUGCUGGUCAACUAUGCCAAAGACUCAGGAGUGCCGGACACAGAGGCUGCUUUUCUGCUAUCCAUCAUUGGUUUCAUAGAUAUCUUUGCCCGCCCAUCCUGUGGGAUGCUUGCUGGACUGAAAUGGGUGCGGCCCCAUGUAGCUUAUUUGUUCAGCUUUGCUAUGCUAUUCAACGGCUUGACAGAUAUCUUCAGUGCCAGAGCCAGCAACUAUACGUCCCUCGUCAUCUUCUGUGUCUUCUUUGGCAUCUCCUAUGGGAUGGUGGGCGCACUGCAAUUCGAAGUGCUCAUGGCCAUCAUUGGCUCACAGAAGUUCUCCAGCGCCAUUGGGCUUGUGCUGCUGAUUGAGGCCUUCGCUGUGCUCAUUGGACCACCCUCUGCAGGUCGCUUGGUGGAUGCACUCAAGAGAUACGACGUUAUCUUCUACGUGGCUGGCUCAGAGGUUUUGCUGUCUUCUCUCUUCCUGGCCAUUGCUUCCUACUGCUGCCUGGGCAGGGAGAAAAAGAAGACCCCUCCGCCAGAGAAUCCUUCUACAGGAGGAGGUGGCAGUGAGACCGAGGAAGCAGAGUCAGAUGCACAGGAAGCAGAGGAUCACCCCAGCAACAAUCACCGCUUGUCCCACAGCAUGAACAACACUGGGGGCGACGCAGCCAAUCACCUUGCCGAAAACAGGAAUGCGGAGGGAGUUGGGCGGCCUGAGGGGGAAGGGGCCGCUUUGGUACCAGGUGGUUGCAAUGUUGACCAGCCAACAGAAAGAGACAGUUUUUAGCUAUGGGAAAGUUCAUUUUGAUGUAUAGGCAAUGCUAGUGCAUGGGGCCUGUCCUGGCUUAACGAGAAAUGUGUAGGGAAAGCAGAUAUGUUCGGAUGGUGGAAAGCGAGGAGUCCCCAGAAUAGCCAUUUUUCUAUGUAUAAAAGCAUAACGGUACAUGAACAGAAUUAUCUAAGGAAUACAAGCCAUCGCAUUCUCCAAAACAGCCUCCAGAAUUCUCCAUAAUUCUUUCCAGUGCUGCAGUGGGAACCUGGUAUUCCUCCUGGGCACAACCGAACACUUAAAUUAGGGGCUCUUAAUGACUGGGCUGUUGAUUCUACACUUUUUCUAAGCAACUUCUUCAGGCCCAAAGCCCAGCAAUAGAGGCCACUACGUAAUAAUCAUAACCUCUGAACAGAAUGUUGCUUGUUAUGGCAAAGGUGUAGGGGUGUGAUGAUUUCAGUACCUACAACAGCAGCAAGUAUACCAUACAAGGUGACAAUCUAUGCAGUCCAUGUUGGAAGAGUGACCAAGUGCCAAAGCUUCAGUUUGAGUCUGUAUGUAAGGAAAGACAUGUCCAUUAUUGGACACAUUUGUGCUGGGAAAAGAUAACAGUGUUUAAUCUUCCUAGGCUACUAACCAGGUCAUUGCAGUGUUGUACAGACAAGAGUAAAAAAGAGACAGGUUGUCAGUUUGUCUAAAAUGUGUGUGUGUGGGGGGGUGGAGAAUAGCAUAAUGAACUCCCAGAAGCCUGAUUUUGAGACAUGCCAAAUAAAUUACCAGUGCAAAUAUUUCAGGCAAGUCAUGCUUUUAAGCACAGCAUGAAGCAGCAUCUACAUGUUGCAAAUCAAAAGUGCAGCCUAUUUUAUCUAGAAAUUAAUUUUGAUGGAGGAGAUUAUUUUUUAUUUAUCCUCAGAUUUAUAUCCUGACUUUCAGCCUUAACAAGGACCUUCAAGGCAGCUUGCAACUAUAUAAAAUACCACAAAUCAAAUAUAUAAUAAUAUAUUUAAAUAAUAUAACAAAUCAAAUAAUAAUAAAUACAAUAUAAAACAAUUACCACCACAGCAGACACCUCCAAGAAAAAGGGCUUCCUUAUAGGGUAGCCACAUUCUAUCCAGGACAGUGUUUUGG